AAGAAGAACAUAGAUGUUUGUUUCACUGAUGGGUAGUGUCAUCAUCUCUGACGGUGAGAGAGUGUUGAGGUGCUGUGUCGUCAUCAGCAAGGGACGCGAAGAGGAAGACGGGCAGAUGAAGCUGCUGCCACACUGUGCCAAUAAGCCGGUUUAACAAGACAUGGAUUCUCCAUAUAGCCCGCUGGUCCUGGGCAUAGUGGCAGGCCUGGGCUGUGGACUUUGCCUCGGAUGGCACUUCCGGGCUCGGUUUGGGAAGUCAUCCAAAAGCCUCUUAUCAGCCAUGGGAAAUGGCACUGGCGAAACAAGCAUGAUGGGAGAAGGAGGAGAGUUCAAGAUGGUUCUAGUGGUCCGAAAUGACCUGAAGAUGGGGAAAGGGAAGGUAGCCGCUCAGUGCUCCCACGCUGCUGUGUCUGCCUACAAGCAGGUGCACCGCAGAAACCCUGAGCUUCUCAAACAGUGGGAGUACUGCGGCCAGCCCAAGGUGGUGGUCAAGGCCCCCGAUGAGGAAAGUCUGAUCGAGCUUCUGUGCCAUGCCAAAGAGGAGGGGCUUACUGUCAGCUUGAUCCAGGACGCAGGACGGACACAGAUCGCACCGGGAUCACGCACCGUGUUGGGAGUCGGACCAGGACCCGCUGAUCUAGUGGACAAAGUCACCGGACAUUUGAAACUCUACUAGAUUUCCAGCUAGCACCUCUAUGACCCGAAUGCAUUUUCUUUAUUAAAACUAUCUGUAAUUACAACCAAGUUGUGCAGCAAUGAGUUUGUAUUUUUGUAUAAGAUUAUGGCCAACUAGAUAUUAAUUUCAUUAAAAGUCAAGUGGGUUUU